AUGCCGCGACGUGCUCGGCACGAGAAGUCUACCAACGGCUGCCUGACCUGCAAAAUCCGAAGAGUCAAAUGCGACGAAACAAUUCCCUACUGUCGGAAAUGCACCGAGUCUGGCCGCAAGUGCGAAGGGCCGGUGGUGCGCCAGAUCCAGUUCGUGCAUGAGAACCGUGGCAGUGGUGAUCAAGAACCCGGGUUCAUGAGACGGUCGUCCUCGUUGUCGUCGACCCCAGGCACUCCACACCCUCCGCCGAGAGAGGUAUCUCUGCUUGCGCCGCGACACAGUGGCGAUGAACGUCGGGCGUUCCACUACUUCACAUGUCGCGGCGCACCCAUGUUUGCCGGCGCCGUCGAUGGCGCGUUCUGGGAAGACCUGGUACCUCGACUGGCCCAGACGUACGACUUUGUCUGGGACACGAUCGUGUCCAUCAGCUCUCUACUCGAACAUGUGCCCUAUCGGUCGCUUACGACGGUUUCCGACUCGUCGGGUCUGCCGGUCGUCACCAACCGAGCGCAUCGACAGGCCCUGAGAUUCUACAGCCGAGCCAUCGCGAACGUCCGACGGCUGGCUUGUCGACGGGACCAAGUGCUUGACGACUCGUUUAUGGUGCUGACAUAUAUUCUAUUCGCCUCUGUGGAAUUCCAGCAACGAAACGUCAAGACCGGCACCGACCUCAUAGAACGGUGCUGCAGGAUCUUGACCGCCAAUCUAAGGUCCGUUCGCACCAGUCCAGGUCACUACUCAUGUAAUCCCGCCGAGCAAGUCGCCCAUCAGGUGGUUGCGCCGUUUGUGUUGAGGAAGGCCGUUCUGAUGUCCACCUUGGGACACCCUCUACCGGCCUUCCAGCGUGUUGCCAAUAUCCAUGCCAUCGCGUCCAACAAUGAAGUCGGCGAGAUACCCGAGGCAAUCUCGUCCAGAUGUGCACUGCUCAAUGAGGCCAGGGUCCGGUUCAACAGUCUGAUGCACCGGUCGAAGGAAUUGAUCAGGAUUGCCGAACUGGUUCCUCACAUCGCAGACGACCACCCAGAGAAGAUGCUGUUCCUGUCCCAGCGCCAGACGCUGUUAGAUGAACUGAUACAAUGGAAAGCGUCUCUCACUGCCACACGCAGCUGGACGUCCGCCGACAGCGACAGCGAGAUCGACUGGAUGUAUUCUUACCUCCUGAUGUACUGGGCAGUCUGCUACACGUAUCUAGCGGCGUGCGUCAGUUCUCUCCAGACCGCCUUCGACGACUAUAUGGACCACUUUGCCGCCAUUGUCGAGCACGCCACCGUUUAUAUGCGAGAUGGCGGCCCCCAAUCCACCCGGGUCCAGCUCCUCUCCGGUCUGGAUCGGGGAGUCAUCCAGCCAUUGUACUUCUGCGCCACCAAAUGCCGAGACCCGGUGCUGAGACGAGAAGCGCUGCGUCUGAUGCGUCAGGCGCCAGAGCAAGUGCCGUUAUGGGCAUUCGUCGCGCCUGACCGUGUGAUUGCGAAGCUCAUUGCGGUCGAGGAGGGCGACGACCAUCACCUCUUUUCCUCGACGAAAUCGCCAGUGUCUACUGCUGCCCUGCCGCCAGAAGCGCGUCGGUACGCUCAUGUCAGUAUGGUGGCCCGUCAAACACCGGGAGGAAACCUGCGCCAGGCUCUGUUGUUGAGUAGAGUGGAAAUUGCAAGUGACGGUUCAAGGAGGCAGAUCAACGACUAUACUUGGCUAGACGAGGAAGAGGAAGAGGAAGAUGGGGUGUUGACCGAUGCUCAACUAGAACACGACAGCGUGGACCAAGCUGCUCACCCGAGAUACACGGCCUCGACUGGCCGAAUAUUACACACAUGA